GCAUUGAUGUUUGCUCACCUCAAAAGUCGGUACGCGGUUCUACUCUACGGUUUUGUUUGACGGCAAUAUUCGACACCAUGGCGGCGCAGACUAUAUUGUUUGAUUUUACGCUCGACAAGGACAAAACCGCCGACGAGGAGUCGCGAGUGAAGGUGGCGAAGAUCCUGCGGAACGAGCUGGAGCAGGUCUUCCCCCAACUGGAGCUGGCCUACUCGAUGGAGUCUCCGGAGAACGGAUACUUUGCGGUCCUGCACGAGAACAAGGACACGGUGAUCACCUGCCGGAUCUUCCAGCACGGCCUGCUGACCCUCAACGUGGAGUACUUUCUGCCCGACGGCAAGGAGCCGAGCAUAUCCUUCGAAAGCGCUAAGAGCCUGGAGAAAGUCCUGGCGGUCAAAUUGAAGGCCAUCAAGGCCCAGAAGCUGCCGACGCUGAAGCGCGGCGAUGUCUCCAGGUAUUUCCCGUCAUCAGGCAUCACUAAUCUGAUGCACUCUUUCGCAGAUGAGCGCAUCAUCGAGUACGACAUCGACAAGGUGGUUUAUGAGGCGCGUUCGCCCUUCCAGAAGAUUCAAAUCAUGCACUCGAAGACGCUGGGAAACAUGCUGCUGCUGGACGAGCUGCAAAACAUUGCCGAAUCCGAUUUGAUCUACACGGAGACCCUUAUGUGUCGUGGCGUGGAGAACUACGAGGGCAAGGAGAUCUGCAUCCUGGGCGGCGGCGAUGGCGCUUUGCUGUACGAGUUGCUCAAGGAGAACCCAAAGCACGUGGUGAUGCUGGAGAUCGAUGAGCUUGUGAUGCAGACAUGCAACAAGUACCUCAAUGUGAUCUGUGGCGAUGUGUUGGAGAAACGCAAGACCGACCAGUAUGAGAUAAUCGUGGGCGAUUGUGUGGAGUACUUGAAGAAGUUCGUUGCCGAGGGGCGCAAGUUCGACUACGUGUUUGGGGAUCUCACAGAUAUUCCCAUAACCGAUGCUCCGGAGGGCGAGACGUGGGACUUUAUCCGUACGAUCUUCGAACACUCGUUCAAUGUGCUCAAGGCCGAUGGCAAGUAUUUGACUCACGGCAAUGGUACCACCUGCAAGGUGCAGAUCCGCCUGUUCGAGGAGGAAUUGGGUCUGCUGCGUCCCAAGGUGAAGUUUACCACCUCCAAGGCGUUUGUGCCGUCGUUCAUGGAAGAGUGGCUCUUCUACCAAGUGUCCUUCGCCUGACAAGCUCAGGGGGAUCCCUCAGCAGCAGCAGCAAUAGCUACCUUUAGCGCACCAACAACCGCCAAUCACACACCAGCAUCACACAGAAUAAGUAAGGAGUCACGAACCGUCGGGGCGAUGCUCCAGUUGCACUCCUACACAGUCACUCUCCAUGGAGCAGCAGCAGGAGUUCGGGAGCAGGAGGAGGAUAAGAGAAAUGUGGGGCAAUUGAAACCGCGACCAAGGCGCCGAAAGAAGCGGGUGCACUAGUCAGCACAUGUCAAAUCGAAAGCACAAGCUGAUCGAAAGCAUCACCAUCGAAAUCAUCGCAACAAGAAGACCCAAACAAAUGAAAACACGCACUUCCAAUGGCUGUUACUUACAAUUGAAAACCAAACCAAAUACUGAACCCAAUUCGUUUACGCUUAAGUUAGGCUUUAGUUUCGUUUCUCGACCACUGAUUUCAAUGUUAAAAUUAAGUCAAAAGUACAACCUUUAAGCAUGUGCAGGCUAAAUAACUUAUGUAAUCGUGUUUAUUUGAAUUACGCCUAAGCAUAGCAUGUUGGACAACUAUUUGUAGUAUUUCGUAUAACGUGUAAAUCUAUAAUUGUAGAGCAUAUGUUUAGUUAUCCAUUAACGGGCAAAUUGUAGCGGGGAAGAAUGCCCGAUCGAGAAUGUGUGCAUGUGGGUGUGAGAAAGCGUAGCAGAAAACACCAACUUUUAUUGCUGUAAUAACUAUUAAUACCAAACAUUUUAAACGAUACAAAUUACAAAGUAAAUAAAUAAACAUAUGCGGAAAAUGAAAA